GUUGUUUUUAAUUUUUUUAGCUUAUCCUUUUCUCCAUUUCACUUGACGUUUCACACAAGCCAGAGAACCUUUUUUCUACGCGUUAUCAUCCUUACUCACUCUCUCUCUCCUAAAACCCUAAAUUCUCUCGCUAAAAGCUUCUUCAAAUCCCCUCUUCUUCAUCGGAAUCAAUAUAUGGAUGAUGACAACAGUAUCGAUCCACUCUCCGGAGACUCUACCUGGACGCUCCCCGGUGAUUACAGCUUCUUCGGGAUUACCGAUACAAGAGACAACAACAUAUUGAGCGAGUUCGGAUGGAACUUCCAUCCUCCAGCACCGGUGUUAGAUCGGAUGGAUUCCGGUGGUAGUUGUGGUGUUCCGGAGGAGAUUAAUCCUACUACUAGUCCGGUUCCGGUUCAUUCUCAGGCUGGAUCCGUUGAAAACGUAAGAGACGUAUCUAUCUCAAAUCCGUUGGUUUCUACCAGCUCUUCCGAGGAUCGACCGGAGUCUUCUGCAGCUUCCGGUGAUGCCGCUUCCGGUGGCCAACCGCCAUCUUCGGACACAGGAUUAUUGGGUAAAGUCAAAAAGAAAGGCCCAAAAAGAAUCCGGCAACAACGAUUUGCGUUCAUGACCAAGAGUGAAAUCGAUCAUCUUGAAGAUGGUUACAGAUGGAGAAAAUAUGGACAAAAAGCUGUUAAAAAUAGCCCUUUUCCAAGGAGCUACUACCGAUGCACAAAUAGCAAAUGCACUGUGAAGAAAAGAGUUGAACGUUCAUCAACAGAUCCCACAACUGUAAUCACAACAUAUGAAGGUCAACAUUGUCACCACACAGUAGGAAUCAUUUCAAGAUUCUCGUUUAGAUCAUCAAGGGUUGCUUGGGGAUAUUGUGCCUACAAUUAUGCGCAACUGACUAUAUAUAUAAAAGUUACAGAUGGUAGAUUGGGAUUGCACUCCAAGUUAUCCACCAAAGACUCGUCAAUUUUAGGUAUUACAAAAGUUCGAACUUUUGAUGGAGAUGCAUUGACUAAAAAAGUAAAAGUUUUUAGUCUACUCAAUUGUUUAUUCAUUCUCUUCUUUCAACUAAGUGAUCACUAACCCUCUCUCAUAUUCAAGUUUUCACUUUUAAGUGUAUUAAAUCCAAGGAUUUUAUAUAAUUGUUAUGUAUAUGUAAUAACAUUAGGUUAUUGUAAUAUAAUUAUCCACCGAAAAGUGUUGGUAUUUUAAGUUCCUUUUGAUAAAGUACGAAUAUUAUAGGUGAUAUGUUACAAAGAAAAAAAAAUGAAGAGAGUUGGAAGUAGAAAUUGCAUGAGAAAGAGAAAGGGUGUGGGGUAAUUGGAAUAGUUGAUGCAUGAAAUGAUUGGUAGUUUGAUGUAGAGAAGUGUGCGCCUGAUAACUGUCAAUAUCGGGUGGAUUUCGAUGUUGCUUCAAAAAUUUGUCAGCCGACAGUAUAUAUUCUCCCU